AUGGAUCAUUUGCCUGGGUUUGGUAGAGUGUACGAUACCGUACGAAACUUGCCCGUGUUCAAACCAGUAACCUAUUCAUGGUGCCCUUGGUGUCGAGUCCCGCGCGUUCGAGAUCAUCCUUUGGUUGUUCUUCAUCAUUUGACACAUCCACCGUACCAUGAGACGGAGAAACAACUUCUCGAUCAAGAUUUGAUCGAAAAGAUCGGUUUAGGUACUGAAGCAAAUCCCUUUGUUAUCUAUCGUGAUCCACAGUCUGUAAAUGCAACAAAUCUCCGACAUCUACGUUUUGUUUGUGUAUCGGAUACUCAUAAUAAACUCGAUAGAAUUGUCGUUCCACAUGGUGAUGUGUUUGUUCAUUGUGGUGAUGCAGUUAAUCAUUACACAUGUUGGCGUGAUUUACCUAAAUUCAAUGAAUGCGUUGGUAAAUUACCACACAAACACAAACUCUUCGUCAGUGGCAAUCACUGUAUCACUCUCAACCCAGAACGGCCUGAUCUAAGCCAACAGAUACUAGGGAAUAUGACCUAUAUUCAAGAUCAAUUGGUUGAUAUCGAAGGCGUAUCCAUCUAUGGAAGUCCAUGGCGACCAGAAAGGGGUCGUAUUUAUCUGUCUGAAGCCUUUGGGUACGAUGCUACAAGCAUUCGAGCUGAUAUUUGGUCGAAGAUUCCUGAAAAUAUCGAUAUUUUGAUGACUCAUAGUCCUCCUUAUAGCAUUCGUGAUUAUGAUCCGGCAAAUGAAGAACGUUUGGGAUGUCCAGGCCUCUUAAGUGAAGUAGUGACUCGAGUGAAACCUCGUGUUCAUCUUUUCGGUCACAUGCAUGCAGAUUGGGGUGUCAGUGUGUACAAGAGUGACGAAAAUUCUGCUUUGGUGCAUAACAUUGAGAUAUUAUCUUCACACGAUAUUCUAUUCGCCAAUUUAUCAAUUAAACGCUCGAAAAGAAUUCUCGGUGAACCAGUAGUCAUCGAUUAUUUCUACUGA